UGCGCAUUCAACAGGGAAAUCCAUUAGAAACCUAAGUGCACAAAGAUUGGCAUCAGUUUAUGGAUGGUCUCAUAGUUCCAGAGUUUUGGUCUGCGACCCACUCUGAAGUUGAUCAACACCGGUUGACACCUGAUGUCCUGAACACUUGAAAUCAUGCAGAACGGGACAAGUGGCCCAGCAGGUCGACAACAAACUGAUCCCUAGGUGUAUUUCUACUUGAAGCCAGACAGCCUGAUCCCUAGGUGUAUUUCUACUUGAAGCCAGACGCUCUUUGAAAAGAUGGGUCCUAAAAAAUCUCAAGAAGAUUCGGCACAAAAGUUUACCAAGAUUUUGACCCGAGCAAUCAUCAGGAUCUCCCAGUCCAUCAACAAAUACUACCAGAUUUUUCAUUUCGUCUCACUAGUGGGGGUCAUCGUAGCCUUCAGCGUCAUUGGAGGCUUUGUAUUCGAACAGAUUGAGUCACCACCAGAAAACAGAGUCAUUGAUAAUAUCAUGAGACAACGUAGCUCGACACUGGACCAGCUGGAGAAUAAGAUUGUCAGGAGAGAGACGGUCUCCGAUGUGACGCUGUUUCUACAGCUCUACGAGGGACAUUACAUCGGCGCCAUACGAAACGGCACGGUCAUCGAGAACGGCAAGGCCAGUCGCUUGUGGACCUUCCGGGGAUCUGUGUAUUACUGCGUCACCACAUUCACCUUGCUUGGCUAUGGUAACCUGGCCCCUAAGAGUAACCUGGGACGUGUCAUCGCCAUCAUCUACAGCGGCUUCUGUGUCCCUAUCUGCUCGCUCAUCAUCUCCCAUUUUGGUGACAUCAUUCUACGCCUCGUCGAUACCACCUGGAAGAAAAUGUCCAGCCACAAACAGGGUACAGAUGCACAAAAGACCAAUGAGAACAUUAGCUGCCUCCCAUGGCUUAGUGACAAUGGUUACUCGAAGCAAGUCAUCAUAUUCUCUGAUAAACCCCACCCAAUUGUAUAUGGUGAUACACCCCACACAUUAGUACAUGGUGAUACACCCCACACAUUAGUACAUGGUGAUACACCCCACACAUUAGUACAUGGUGAUACACCCCACACAUUGGUACCCCACACAUUGGUACAUGGUGAUACACCCCACACAUUGGUACAUGGUGAUACUACCCACUCAUUGGUACAUGGUGAUACUACCCACUCAUUGGUACAUGGUGAUACACCCCACACACUGGUACACGGUGAUACACCCCACACAUUGGUACAUGGUGAUACACCCCACACACUGGUACAUGAUGAUACACUCCACACAUUGGUACAUGGUGAUACACCCCACACACUGGUACAUGGUGAUACACCCCACACAUUGGUACAUGGUGAUACACCCCACACAUUGGUACAUGGUGAUACACCCCACACAUUGGUACAUGGUGAUACACCCCACACACUGGUACAUGGUGAUACACCCCACACAUUGGUACAUGGUGAUACACCCCACACAUUGGUACAUGGUGAUACACCCCACACAUUGGUACAUGGUGAUACACCCCACACAUUGGUACAUGGUGAUACUACCCACUCAUUGGUACAUGGUGAUACACCCCACACACUGGUACACGGUGAUACACCCCACACAUUGGUACAUGGUGAUACACCCCACACACUGGUACAUGAUGAUACACUCCACACAUUGGUACAUGGUGAUACACCCCACACACUGGUACAUGGUGAUACACCCCACACAUUGGUACAUGGUGAUACACCCCACACAAAACCCACCAGCAUCACGACAACUGGCACCAGUCAUCCCAUGUUGCCGACCUCGGAAACUUUCGAUUGGAAUCUUCCUUUGCCUGAUGAUGUCAGAACAUUACGAGUUAAAUCUCAAUCUACUAACCUUUUGAUAUGGACUAACCAGUCGGAGAUUGUAACUUAUCUCAAACAACGUUUACAUUCAACCAUAGAGUUGGAAGAAACUGAUUUGCUACGGGCGCUGAUGAAGGCUAGUUGCAUGACUUAUUUGACACGAGUUCUGAUGAAGGAAGAUAGAGUUGAACAUAGAUGCUCUCCGAUAGCUAACAUUGGUUGUGAGAACGUUGUUAGUACUGCUGGGAGUAAGAGCAAGGUGGUUGAUUUGAUUUCAAAACAAAUAUUGAUGAUUCAUUUUAACAAACUUAAGAAAAUAGAAUUUAUGGGCGACUCUAAAAGAAGAGCAAUUGACAAUACUAAUGGUUCUAAGGAGGAAGAAAAUGAAAGUAGGACGUGUCCUAAGAAAGAAGAAAAUGAAAGUAGGACGUGUCCUAAGAAAGAAGAAAAUGAAAGUAGGACGUGUCCUAAGAAAGAAGAAAAUGAAAGUAGGACGUGUCCUAAGAAAGAAGAAAAUGAAAGUAGGACGUGUCCUAAGAAAGAAGAAAAUGAAAGUUUGACUUAUCCUAAGAAAGAAGAAAAUGAAAGUAGGACGUGUCCUAAGAAAGAAGAAAAUGAAAGUAGGACGUGUCCUAAGAAAGAAGAAAAUGAAAGUAGGACGUGUCCUAAGAAAGAAGAAAAUGAAAGUUUGACUUAUCCUAAGAAAGAAGAAAAUGAAAGUAGGACGUGUCCUAAGAAAGAAGAAAAUGAAAGUAGGACGUGUCCUAAGAAAGAAGAAAAUGAAAGUUUGACUUAUCCUAAGAAAGAAGAAAAUGAAAGUAGGACGUGUCCUAAGGAAGAAAAGAAUGAAAAUAUCAAACAACGUUGCAAAAACAACUUCGGAAAUUCUGGAACGUGGACUAGAGUACCAAUCGUAAAACGACCAACCUACAAUAAGAAGUUAAUGAAGUACUGUCUAUGCUCUCCGUUCAAAUGGUUUUUUGUCGGCAUGUGUGUACUGGAUAAGCUGAAAGCUAUGCGGCUCCAGCAUGUGAGGUCUAAGGAAAAGAACAGGAACAACAACCAGGAGUAUUUGUUUACAUCUGUGGGAUCAGACAGCGAGAGCGUCGACUCCAGGAAAGCUGAGGCUGAGAAAGACGCACCCGACGCCGUAGACGAGUCGUCUCCAGUUCCUAUCCUAAUGACCCUAAGCAGUUCAUUUGUCUUUGUCGGUCUGGGAUCUGUCUUUGUAUCGCACGUGUCACUUCACCUUAGCUUCUUUGAUUCCUUCUGGUUCAUCUUUAUCUCCAUGCUGACCAUCGGCUAUGGGGAUGUCGUGCCAUCCGAUCAGGAGCUUUUUAUUUUCAUACUCGGCUACAUUUUUAUUGGCUUGAGCAUCUUGAGCAACGUCAUCAACGAGAGUUCCCAGUUCUUUAGCUCCAGCGUCUCCAAGACCAAAAGCAUAGGACAAGACGCGUUCAUCAUCGUCUCGGCGAAGAAAGAGAUCGUCACGCGACUGGAGACCGGCGACCGUGCGCGCCGGCGUUGGCGUCUGGUGCGGGACCGCAUCAAGAAACGCCGCAUCCCGAGAAAGCUGAUCGAGGAGUCGCGGAAGUACAAGACGACGCUCUUGGCCGAGGAGAGAGAAAACGUCCGGCUGGCCUACAAGAUCUACUUCUCCGACACAAAAAGGAUUCCGAUCAUUCUGGAACAAGCCAAAUCUUCCUACGGGAUUUUCCCCACCAAAGCCCGCCCCCAGCGAGAACACGGGGAGCUGAUGAAAUUUACUCCCCCUACCAAACUGUCACUAUGGCGACGGAUUGUCCGAGCAGUGACCGGGUUUGUCCGGCGAACUGUGCAGUUUGUGGCUAAUUUAGUCAAACGGAAAAAAGUCGUCGAGCCAGAAAAAAAGCCUUUCCAUUUUGCCUGAAUACAUUCAUCUAUUGUUAGGACUCAACAUAACAUUGCAAUACAAAUAAAACACGUCAACACAUUUUGUUGGAGUUGUAUUUUUUAAAAAGUUGUAUGUUUUGUUUUCCUCUAGGGUAUUUGAUUUUAGUAGUUGGUUAAUU